UUGGCUAUACACAAGACAAUAUUUAUUCGUUAGGUCACUUUUCUUCAAGACUGGAAACUCUCAACUCCUCAGGAUGUCAACCGUCUCAUGGAACACUUACUCCGUCACCGUGUCCUCCCCUGCCAACCCUGGCUUGACUUCAUCGUCGCCCCCAAUUAUCUAGAUGGGCCGGGUUCCUUGCUAAUUAUCCGUUUCUCGCACGCCAUGGCGGACGGAUAUUCCAUGAUGAAACUGUUCUUCCGCCUCGCUGGGUUCGACUCUUUGCCUCCCGACGUCCCCCAGGAUAAAACCACUCCAGUUAAAUUCUCCCUCCUCAACUGGCUCGCCCAUUCGAAAAGACUCCUCACGGAAGGGCUCACUGUUUACGUCCGGGUGUGGAACUCACUCCCACAAAACAACAUUUUUCGCCGAGGUCCACUCGUCGUCGGGGUGGCCGAAGAGGUGACGGGGUAUUGGAAUUGUGCCAUCACGCCGCAAUUUCCCUUGGAAAAGGUCACGGUGGCAAGAAAAGCGUUCAACACGUCGUUUUAUGGGGUCGUCGUGUCAGCCGUUGUGGGUGGACUCAGGGAAUUUGCGAGAGGACAAGGUUGGGAGGAUGCUGACUUGCCGGAUAUUGUGACCACACUGUUGGCCAUGGCCAAAUCGAACCAUCCUGAUGGGACGUUAUGUAAUCAUUGGCGUCCCAUGAUUCUGGAUCUCCCAAUCGGCAAUGGGAGGGACACGAUAUCCACCCUAAAAGACAUGCAUACCCUCCUCGAGUCCUGGAAAGUUUCGACCGCCUCCGAAUUCGGUACUCUGAUUCUUCGCCUGAUUGAACUAUUUCCCGUCUUUUCUCGAAUCGACGACAUUCUAAGUUUUUGCGGGAUGACGUUAAUUAGCUCGAUCACAGCAACGGCUAAAAAUGUGCCACAAGUCUUUGGGCAAACGGUGGAGGACGUGUACCAUUUUAUGCCUAUACAUCGGGAAAAUAUUGCGACAUUGGCGUGGGGCAGUUGUAGCAGCAAUGGGCACCUUCGAAUAUCUGUAACUGCGGAGAAAAUAUUUUUUCCCAGAAGGGAGCAUGUGUAUCACUUGGCCGAUUGCAUUCAUCAAGAACUUAACAACAUGUACGAACUCGCUUUGGAACGGAUGAAACCUAAGCUUGAUUAAAAUAGUAUUCAAUGUGUAAUGGGUUGUAUGUAUUGCAUUCAGCUGCAGAAACUAGUAACCAAGUAAUAAAUGGUGAUAUGCGUAUGACAAAAAUUAUUAUAGAGAAGUUUGAAUUUUUUGGAUUUUUUGAGAUAGGAAUAAAUAUUAAACUUUAAUACUGGCUUUCCUAAAUUCGACCCCCGUAUCUUUAGAAAUUGCGACUUAAUGAAAUACUCCGUAAUGUAAUGUCGUCAACAAACUAAUUGCCACCAAGUCGUCAAAUGGGCAAUAGUUAUUUUGGAGGAUCUGUAUUCUACUUCUACCGGGAAUCUCGCGACGCGAGCGAGACAAAGAGUCCAAUGGGUUUUUCCGGGCAGACCAAUCUCGCUCAUCUCGCGUGUCAUUCAUCAGAGCAACAAAUCGAAAACCGGUGUUUAAACGGUUGUACAUAAUCGGAACACCCAGUUUUUGACGCCCUAUUUAAUUGAAAAAAAUG